AUGAUACCAUCCUGCCCCAACUGGCUUCGUGUGGCUCUUAUCUGUCUCACUGUGGGAUCAUUCCUCCCUCAGCUUCACCGCAUCUGGGCCCAGAAGACUGGCACUGGCUUAUCCCUACUCUAUAUCCUCCUGAAUCUUAUUAAUGCCACUGAACAAUUGACUCUUGCUUUCUUCUACACUAUUAAUGUUACCUGGGAGCUGGACUUCUUUGUUAAUACUCCAAGAUCAAUUGGGGAUUGGCUGAAUCUUGCUCAGCUUGGUGUUGUUUGGGUGCUGCUCUUCAUCUUUUCCCUGAUGCAUCCUGAUCCCCAAUUCCCCAUCCCCUACCGGAUACUUGUCGCAGCGCUUUACCUUGUCUUCGGCUUUAUCUCGCUAUUCCCCGUUAUCACUGAUGCCCUUGAUUCUACCCUAUUCCAUGAUCCUAAUGAACAAUCCCCUGGGUUCGGCGUCAAUCUCUUUGCAGGUUGGAACUUCUUUAUCGUCAGCCCUCUUACGACCUUGCUCAGUGUGUGCUCAAUUGUCCCCCAGGCAAUCCAGCUUCGCUCCCAGCUGUCAUCGCCGUCGCCCGAUCAGGGAAUGAUGAGGAUCCAGGAUUGCGCGUUACAGGGUGUUGUCUUUGGAGUGUUGGCGGCGUCAUGGCUUUUCCGUGUGAAGAUUUGA